UUCAAGGGGUCUGGUUCUAGUCAGUCAGAAGAUCAUCAGACAACAAGACACGAGCAGAAAACCUUCUUUGAUCACCAAGAAAACAGCCUGAAUAUGGCUGAUAAUAAAGGAAAAAUACCUAACUAUGCAAGGUUCAUUAUGGGAGGAUCAGCUGGAAUGGGUGCAACAAUUUUUGUUCAGCCACUUGAUUUGGUCAAGAACAGGAUGCAAAUGAGUGGUAUAGGAGGAGCUGUCAAAGAACACAGAAGCAGCGUUCAUGCUGUAAUGUCUAUCUUGAGAAAUGAGGGAUUUUUUGGAGUUUACAAUGGUUUGUCUGCUGGUCUACUUCGUCAAGCAACAUACACAACAACAAGGCUUGGUGUUUAUACAACACUACUAGAGCACUUCAAAAACCCUGAUGGUACUCCAUUACCAUUUUAUAAGAAAGCUGCUCUGGGUAUGUCAUCUGGUGCAGUAGGAUCAUUUGUUGGUACACCAGCUGAAAUUUCAUUGAUAAGGAUGACUUCCGAUGGGAGGUUACCAGUGGAACAGCGUAGAGGGUACACUAAUGUGUUUAAUGCUCUGUACAGGAUGACAAAAGAAGAAGGGAUUUUAACAUUAUGGAGAGGUUGUGGUCCUACUGUAGUACGUGCAAUGGUGGUCAAUGCYGCUCAGCUUGCAACAUACUCUCAAGCAAAACAGUUCUUAUUGUCAACCAAGUACUUCAAUGACAAUAUAAUUUGUCACUUUGGAGCAAGCAUGAUCAGUGGACUGGCCACAACUAUCGCAUCAAUGCCAAUAGAUAUUGCUAAAACACGUAUUCAAAACAUGAGAAUAAUUGAUGGUAAACCAGAAUACAAAGGUUCAAUUGAUGUGCUUGUUAGUAUCAUUCGUAAAGAAGGUAUCUUUGCUUUGUGGAAAGGCUUUACUCCAUACUACUUCAGGCUUGGACCACACACAGUUCUCACCUUUAUCUUCCUGGAACAGCUCAACAACAUAGCUAACAAGAUCUAUGGCAGUUCAUCUACAACCAUGUAGAAUCUCUCUCUACAGCAGAUUUUGUAAGAGUGGGUGGAAAAGGAACUGACUUUCAAAUAGCAUUCUGUAAUCACUUUAUAUAUACUUGUACGAAAAUUUUUCUUGGCUGAAACUUUACUGGAAUAAUCUUCAAGGGUCUAAUAGGGGUGUAUCGGUUAAAGUUUUUUCACAACAUUCCUAUUGGAAGUUUUAUUUUUAGAACUUUUAACAGAUUCUGUGACGUCAUUUACUUGACACUGCAAAAAAUUGUAUGAAGUGUUGAGUAAAUACCAUCACUUCUUUAAAGAUUUGGAGARAAAAAAAACUUCCCACCAGAAUAUCAAGAAAAAAAUUUAACUGUGAAGUUUCAGCCGAAUUAAAUACUUGUCCAAGUACACCUCACUCACUAACUCUCCCCUCAUAAAUAAGUGAAAAUUUCUCCCUAAAAGUUGUAGAUUAUCAAAAGAAAUAGGGAGAGCAGAUUUAAUUUAUCUUUAACUGCUGACAGAAAGUAUUAUGUCAAAAUUUGAAAUAAAGUAUUAGAAUUGUC